AUGUCAAAUGAGGAGAAAGUACGGCGGUUGGAAAAAGAUAUCAGGGAAAUGGCCGCUUUGGAUCGACCGAAGUGGCCAAUGUGGGAAACCGCACGACCGGUUCGUAAACGGCACGCACCAGCGAGUGAAGGAACAACGACAAAUGCGACCGCAACUCAUGAUGACAAUCAUGGUGGUGAUCAUCAUGGUGGUGAUCAUCAUGCUGAGCACGAGCACGAACGCAUCAACGGCGUCUUGUAUGAAACAUUCCGCCCAGUUGCAUUCACUUCUCUUGUAUCAAGAGGAGGAGCUAUGGAGAUGGUUACUCUUUCGCCACAAGCAUUCAUUGCUGAAAUUGCUAGUCCGGAGGCUCUAAUGUUGCAAACGUUGUCACCUCGUGCGUUCAUCGCCUCCAUUCUGUCACCAAACGCACUAAUUGCUCGUAUCCUUUCGCCGACUGCUCUCCGAGCUGAAGUACUAUCGCCAAGGGCAUUACACGCUUGGGUACUUAGUCCAGAAGCACUCGUUGCGGAAGUGCUAUCGCCUCGAUUUUUUGAUCCUCGCGUUUUGUCGCCAGAAGCACUCGUCAUUGAUGUUCUGAGCCCAGGUUUUCUUUCACCGCAUGUGCUCUCAUCCGAAACAAUAGGUCUGAUCAUUCUGAGCCCCAACGUGUUGUCACCUCGAGUCGCUAGCUCAGAGAAACUCCUUGUUGAGGUCCUUUCGCCACACAUUCUUGGUGGACCUCAUACGCAUGAGGAGGAAAGUCAUGAGGUCACUGAGGUUGGUUCACACAGCGAAGUAAAAGGGAGCAGUGAGCAAGAACACAAGGAACAUGAAGCUGUUCAUCGUGGCCACGGCUCCCACGGCCAGUCACGUUCACCUCAGAGUGGCCCCUACAAAGGCUUAGCAUCAGUACCUGUACCGUCACGUUGGCCCGAUAACAACAUCUGA